AAGCUCUACUCUCUCGACACUCUGGACACCCGUUUCACCACAUCAGCAAAGACUCCCUACAAACUCACAACCGAAGACUCAAUAGCACACUCAAAACUACCUGCACAACAAGUACUUCAACCAGCACAGAAUCAAUCUUUGCCAGGAGCUCAGCCAUCAAAAUGGAAUACUGCAGAGUUCUACUUUUACUAUCUAUGCUUCCUUACCAUUCCUGUCUUCAUGGUGAAGGCUGUGUAUGAUGUUUCUCAAGACGGCUGGAUCCCUGGCCGCAAAGUUGUAUGUGAUAGUCACCUCAAGACGAUUCUCGAGUCUAAUUUGUGUCAANNGGACAACUCGGACUCUCAGUAUGCUGGAUUCCGCGACAAUAUUCCUUACAUGACACUCCUUCUUAUCUUGCAUCCAUUGCUCCGCAAGGCCUACAACUCUUUCUGGCGCAUUGACUCAUACACCAAACCUGUUCCCCCAAACAACAGAAAUCCUGGACUGACACAGGGUCUGAGCCCUUCAGCUGCUGCAGAUGCUAGAAUGGAGCACAGGAUAUCUUUCGAUGUCAUGUUUGCUGUCAUCUUCAUAUUUGCACUGCACGGAUUCUCAGCGUUGAAAGUCCUUCUUAUCUUGUACACCAACUUCAAGUUGGCCACCCAGCUUCCUAAAGCAUAUGUGCCCGCUGCUACAUGGGUCUUCAACGUCGGAAUCUUGUUUGCAAACGAACUGUGUCAUGGCUACCCCCUGGCUGGGGUGGCCGCCUUUAUCCUCCCGUCCCAAACCAGUGCUUCGGAAAAAGGCAACCAAACUCCUGGAUGGGCUGGUUGGAUUGAUAGCUAUGGCGGCAUCUUACCGCGCUGGGAGAUUCUUUUCAACAUCACUGUGCUCCGCCUGAUCAGUUUCAACCUUGAUUAUUAUUGGAGUUUGGGUGCUCCGUCUUCCAUUGAGCUUGAUCCCUCAAACCUAUCAGAGCGUGACAGAGUUUCAGUUCCUGCUAAGCCAGCAGACUUUAGCUUCCGCAACUAUCUUGCUUACGCUCUUUACUCGCCGCUGUAUCUUGCAGGACCUAUACUGACAUUCAACGACUACAUCUCACAGUCGCGCUACCCGCUUGCGUCCAUCAACAUCAAACGCACCUUAAUGUACGGUAUCCGUUUUCUGGUCUGCGUCCUCACCAUGGAGUUCUGCCUUCAUUUCCUCUAUGCUGUGGCCAUCAGCAAAGCACAGCCAGCUUGGGAGGUCUAUACACCGAUGCAACUGAGUAUGCUCGGUUACUUUAACCUUCAUAUCAUCUGGCUGAAGUUGUUGAUUCCCUGGCGUUUCUUCCGAUUGUGGUCACUCGUGGAUGGUAUUGACCCACCCGAGAACAUGGUUCGUUGCAUGAGUGACAACUACUCAGCACUGGCCUUCUGGCGAGGUUGGCACAGAAGUUUCAAUCGCUGGAUCGUCAGAUACAUUUACAUCCCCAUUGGCGGCAGUGGACAGGGCAAAGUGCGCGCUAUUGGCAACUUCCUCGCUGUCUUUACGUUUGUCGCACUCUGGCACGAUAUCAACCUCAAGCUACUUAUCUGGGGCUGGCUCAUUACACUAUUCGUUCUGCCAGAGGUAAUUUGCACACUUCUGUUCCCAGCAAAGAAGUGGAAGGAUAGUCCGGAUGUUUAUCGCUGGAUCUGUGGUGUCGGUGCUACUGGAAACAUUUUGAUGAUGAUGGCAGCCAACCUUGUCGGAUUUGCUAUUGGUGUUGACGGCUUGAAGGCUAUGGUCGGCAAUAUUGUGGGCAGUCUUGGUGGAUGGGUGUUCUUGCUCGGUGUCUGUGGCACGCUGUUUGUCGGCGCUCAAGUCAUGUUUGAGGUUCGCGAGAGCGAGAAGAGGAAAGGUAUCAACAUGAAGUGUUAA